AUAUUAGUAUCGGAUAUUUCAGAAUAUUUAUUUCAGUUUUUGAUCACCGGCGGAUGUCAGUAAAAAGCAUGAGAAGACUAUAUGUUGAAAUUAAGUUGAUGUGUAGUAAGUUAAGUGGUUGAUCAAUAUUGGUCCAAAUCAGUAUUUAUACAUUGGAAGUCCACUCUUUCCAAAUUUGAAAUAAACCAAUUGAAUCCAAAGCUAAAUUCAUUGCAGUAACUUUGUGAAUAUAAUUAACCUGCGGGAGGAUGUGAGUUGAAUUGACUGAGCCACUUUGAAAACCAAAACAAAUGUAGUUAGGGAAAGUACAUCGAUAAUGGAUAAUCCUAGUCAUCAGGCCAAACAUAGUAUAGCCGAAGAAAGAGUCUUCUUAGACUUAUUGUAACGAGAUAUGGAAACACUCUAUCAAUGUUUUUGGUCAGGCAAAUGCAAUGGUCUUCAGUUUCCUGCCUGUAGUUGGGUCCUGUAUGGAAGCCCGUGCGAGGCUGUCCUGGAGACCCCGCGCUACCUGCACCUCAAUCGUCUCGGUUGACAUGGAUGAUGAAGACGGCAGGUGCCUGCUAGAUGUAAUUUGUGACCCUCAAGCACUCAACGACUUUCUUCAUGGAUCAGAGACCCAUGACCAUGUUCCCGAGAUCCAGCCAGCCGUCCAGCUGUCCGUCAGCGAGCCGCCAGGCCUGCCCAGAGUCAGCGUGGACCUGGACUUCCUGGAGGACGAUGACAUCCUGGGCGGCUCUCCGGGUGGCGGGGAAGGCGGGAGCAACGGCAUCGGGACCAAUCACGAGCCGUGUGACAUCCUGCAGCAGAGCCUGGCGGAAGCCAAUAUCACAGAGCAGAGCCUACAGGAGGCCGAGGCCGAGCUGGACCUGGGAUCCUUUGGCAUACCGGGCCUGGCACAGGUGGUCCAGACUCUACCGGAUGCCAGCCUGUCUGGGGCUGGGGGCACUGCAGUCGGUGUAGGAAUAGGAGUGGGUGUCGGGGGAACGACAACGAUCUUCCCGGGGCCAGGCCCUAGUACCACUGCCACACCUCCCAACGCAACGGCUGACAUGCUGGGAUCAGUUCUGGCUCAUCAGGGCCUACAGCUCCAGUCCCAGGUCAUGAACAAGGCUAUAAGUGUUCAGCCCUUCAUGCAACAAGUAGGCCUUGGAAAUGUAACUCUUCAACCGAUUUCAAGUCUCCAAGCUCUUCCUAAUGGGAGUCAGUCUGGACAUUUGGGCAUUGGACAGAUACAAGUAGUGGGUCAGCCCACUGUUAUGACUAUAAACCAGUCUGGGCAGCCUAUCCUGGCCAAAGCCAUGGGUGGCUACCAGCUGCACCAGCCGGGGCCCGAGGCCGCCGGCGCAGGGACGCAGGCGGGGCUUGGAGGAUCCGUCCUGAGCUCUGGAGGGGGACUUUUGAUCCAAGGGGGCAAAGCCACUCUGGGAUCUCCUGCUUUAAACGGACCUGCUGUCUGCGUCAGCAGCAGCAGCACCAGCAGCUCCAGCAGCACUAUGACGACUCCUGCUGGCCUCAUGGGCUUCGGCAAUACCCCUCUGAGCGCGGGGCUCGGACCCCAGGCACAAGCGCAAGGCCAAAUCAUGCAGAUCAUCCAACGCACUCCAACCCCCAUCCAACCCAAACCCCCCCAAGGGGGAGCCAUCCAACCCAAAAUCUUCAAGCAGCAGCAGCAGCAGCCAGUGCCCCAUCCCCUGCAAAAUGAUGCCAACAAGGCUCUAGGGGUGCAGCAAGUCCCAGUUUCCGCUGCUCAGAAUGUAGCCUUUCUGACGGGCAAGCCAGGCUCUAAUGUUGUCCUGAGCACACAGGCUGGGUCUCAGGGCCCCCAGUUCCAACAGACCCUGUUCAAGCAGCAAGGAGCCCACACGUCAGGCAAGCCUCUCAGUGUGCACUUGUUGAAUCAAUCGGGUAGCAUUGUUAUUCCCUCCCAGACGGUUCUGCAGGGUCAGAACCAUCAGUUCCUGCUGCCUCAGUUGCAGGCAGGGGGCCAGAUCUUGACCCAGCACCAUGGUGGCCACAUCAUCACCAGCCAGGGCCCCGGAGGGCAGCUCAUUGCCAACCAGAUCCUUUCUGCCAACCAGAACAUCAACCUGAGCCAGGUAUUAGCCUCGCAGGGGCACCCUGGCGCCGCCCACAUCCUCUCUGGACACAUCCAGCUGCAGCCCGGCCAGAUGGGUCACCCCACUCUCUUCCAGAUGCCUGUCACGAUAGCCCAGACCCAGACCCAGACCCACCCUAUCACGGGCCAUGCCCAGACUGUCAUCCAGGGCAUGCCCAUCCAGAACUCCCUGGCCAUGCUGAGCCAGGUGGAGGGCCUGAGCCCGGCCGUCAGCCUGCAGCCUGCCCUGCAGCCCCAGGCGGGGGGAGUCCCCAGCAGCAGCGGCGGCGGCGCGGCCGUCAUGGCCCAGGGCCAGCCCGGGGAGAGCGUCACCGUGCUGGGGAGCACCACGGAGCAGGCGGCUCACCCCGGGCAGCACAACACGCAGUCGUCCAUCCUCACCAUGCAGACGGCUCCCUCCUCUGGGGCCGUGUCGGUCCCCUCGUCCUCUCCGUCCUUGUCUGUGUCCACCUCGUCCUCCGUGAGCACCGUGGGGCUGGGCCAGGCCCAGCACAGCCCAGGCAGGGUGCUGUUCACCCCCCAGGGCUCAAGCAUGAUCCUGAGCCAAGAGUCGCUGCAAAUGUUCCUGCAACAGGACCAGCGCCAGCAAACAGAGAAUGACUCCGCCCCCUCUGUGGGCAUACCAGCGUCUGUUAUCGUCAGCAGCAGCACCACUGAUCUGGCCCCCUCAGGCCAUGACGGCCUAGUAUCUGAGGCUCAGGUGGGCCACAGCCUCUGCCCCUCCCCUGGCCCCACCCACAUGGCAACAGUGGUAAAGCAGGUUCCUCCCACUGGUCACCCACAGCCCCUGCGGAUCCAGAGCAUGUCCCCCUCUCAGCCCCUUGCCACGCACACAGCCCCCCCUCCCCUGGCUGACAGCCCCCAGCCUUCCCCCUCCCCGCUCACCCUGGGUCAGCACAUCCAGUCCCCACACCACCAGCAGCAGCAGUCCCGCCCCCCGUCUCAGCCCCAGCCCCAGGCCCAGACUCCAUCUCGCUCCUGCACACCCUCCUCCCUCCCCCUCUUCAUCGUCCACAACCAGCUCCCCGGGUCCCCCCAGCCGGCCCCUCAGCCCCAGCAGCAGCAGCAGCAGCACCCCCCGUCGGCUCACAUCCAGGUCCAGCUCCAGCUGCAGCCCCAGGCUCGACCGCCCUCGCAGCCCGCUCCCUUCCAGCCCGACAUGCCUCCCGCCUCCUGCUCCCCCAAGCCCCCCCAGGCCCCUCCGGCCCAGUUCCAGUUCACGGCACCCCCCCUCAGCACUGUGGUGAAGGCCCAGGUGCCUCUUCAGGGGCUGACCGCCGAGCAGCAACACCACCUGCAGCUGGUAGCGGCUCAGCUCCAGACGCUGUCCACCAUCACCCAGCCCUCGCCUCAGCAGAAGCAGCUGCUGGAGAAGCUGCACCAGGUCCAGCAGAACAUUCUCCUGCAGGCCAAGCAGCUUCCGUUUGGCUCCCAGCAAGAUGUGCCUGUCACUCCAGGUUUGACAUCAGCAGCCAGCUCUGGAACACCUCUCCAGCUCCCCCCACUCUUGCAACAGACAUCAGUGCUCGUCAAGACCCCUAUCACAGCAUCCAAUGACCUGCAGGUAUUCUCAGGAUCCCAAGGACCCUGUGGGACAGUUAACCAGGUGGUUACUCCAGGCAGCCUUACACAAUCUGUACAGACGACAACUUUGAAGAUGCCUUUCUGCAUGGAGCCCAGCAAGGAAGCCAGGAUGCUGGAGCAGCUUAGGAAGCAGCAGGGGUCCGUUCUGUAUCCAGACCAAAGCGCUCCGUUCCGCUGCUUCGAGGACACUCUGCACAGACUGCUGCCUUAUCACCUCUACCAGGGCACCGCGUCCUCCCCCCACGACUACCGCAGAGUGGACGAUGAGUUUGAGAGCGUCUCCAGUCAACUCCUGAAGCGAACGCAGGCGAUGAUCGACAAGUACCGCCACCUGCUCUUUGAGGAAUCCAAACAGAGGCUGGGUCCCUCGGCAGAGAUGGUGAUGAUCGACCGGAUGUUCAUCCAGGAGGAGAAGAUCGCCCUGGGUCAGGACCGGAUUCUGGCCAAGGAGAGACCAGAGGAGUAUGUUGCCAACUCGCGCAUGUUGGAGAGUGCGUCUGCCGUGUCCUCCCAGCCCCCCCUGCCUGCUGGCCUCAGCUCUGGGAGGGCUAGAACAGAGCCCCCUCCUGUAUCCACGGGAUCUACCCCAACAGCUGCUCCCCCGGUCCCGCCCCCGGGCCCCGCCCCUGCCCCCAGCACGACCCCUGCCCCGCCCCCGUCCCACUUCCCCUCUACCAGGUUGGUGAUAAAGCAGGCUGGAGGUGGGGCCUCGGUGUCCUGGUCCAGUAGCUGCUCCCCGGCCCCUGCUCCAGGGGUCAAACCCCCGGCGUCUGAGGCUGCCAGGCAGAGCUCAUCCUUCAGCCGCGCCCCGCCUCCCUCGUCGUCCUACUCCUCCUCUCGAUUGGCCGACGACGACGACGCUCUCCCUCAGCGAACUAGCAAACCGCCCAUCAAGACCUACGAGGCCCGCCGGCGAAUCGGCUUGAAGCUGAAGAUCAAACAGGAGGCGGGCUUUAGCAAGGUGGUCCACAACACCGCCUUGGACCCGGUCCACACUCAGCCCCAACACAACACCCAGCCCCAGCCUCCACCUCAGCCCCUAGCGAAGGCCAGCCCUGCAGCCCCCUCCAUCACUACUGUGAUCAGGACUCCUCCCCCAACCUGUAGUGCUGCUUCCUCGUCAACAACCUCUGUAGAAACCACACAAUCCAGCCUCCCCCAGCGAGGCCAGGCUCCCCCCAGCACUGCCCCCCCCUCCUCCUCCUCUUCCUCCUCCUCUUCCUCCUCCCACCCCUGGUCUUCCUCCACGUCCUCCUCCGCCCCCUCCAUGGCUCAGAUGAACGGGACUUUAGAGCACCACGACGUCAGCGGAGUCAAACGCAACCCCGCCUCCACGGCGACCCCGCCCCAGACCACGUGUCGCCUGCCCCUGCGGAAGACCUACCGGGAGAACAUCAGCCCCCGCGUCCGUCCGGGUGUACCGGGGGGAGGGGGUGACAGCCUGCCCUACCCCAGGCCUGUCUCCUCUCCCCCCAAACCCCAGACGCCAUCCUCCCCCUCGGCCUCGGACAGGACUGUGAUAGCCAGCGUGAAGCUGGAGAACAGAGGCGGUAGAGAGGCCUCUCAGCCACACGCUGAGCCAGGCCUCGAGGGGGGGAGGCUGGGGAACUCGGUAGACGCUCUGGGCCACGUCUUCGCCCGCGGCGUCAAAGCCCCCCAGCAGCCUCAGCGGCGCUCCGACAGGGAGGAGGAGGAGGAGGAGAGGGAGGCGAAGAAAGCGGACCCCGGUGCUGAUGCGGGGAAGUACAAGAGGGUCAGCAGUAAAAACAGACAGAGGGAAGGUGGGCCGUUUCGGAUGGACCAGCACGCCCCCGGGCCCCCCUCCCCGGCUGACUCCUCCUUCACCAGGGACUCUUCCCUUCCUGCCAAACGCUGCAAGUCCGAUUCCCCCGACAUGGACAUGGACAAUGCCAGCUUCUCCAGCGGCAGCCCGCCCGACGAGUCUCUGACCGACCACCUGCAGAGUGCCAUCGACAGCAUCCUCAACCUGCAGCAGGGGCCGUCCGCCCGUCAGGGCAGUAAAGGUGGCGGCUCCCGGCCCCACCACCACCACCAGCGGCCAGGCGCCUCAGGGCCCUCGUCCCACAGACCCUCAGUCCCCCCCUCGUCGUCGUCUGCCUCCCUGGCCACCGGUCGCGGUCACAACGGCAGCCUGGUGCCCCAGACUCACAGCAGAUAACAGCCCCUCAGCCUGAGGGCAGACUGAUACACACACACACACACACAGACAGACUGGGGACAUUCUGAACAAAAUCACUGUGCUCUGCUGAGCUGUGUCGGCCUAGUUUGUCCAUUUGAAUUGUCCAAAAAGAUUUCUUUGUCGUUUACUACUUGACUCAGUACUCUCGCUGGG